AUGACUCCCACACUCUCCGUGACGGCAGCUGCGUCCCCCUCUUCAUCUGCUUCUUCUUCCGCUUCUCCGUCGCCCUUUGCUUCGCCGCCCUCACCCACCUCGCCCCGCUCGUCUUCUUCAUCGUCGUUGUUGGGGGCUUCGUUGUCGUCGUCCCCCUCCGGCGAGGAGUCGCUGCACUUCUUCCGCCAGCUGGUCAGCCGCACCCGGUCGGCCAAGGGCAAGACCUGGACCCUCGCCGACCUGGUCGAGUCCCGCACGCCCCCUGACGGGUCGCCCUCCGGCGGUGGUGGUGGCAGCCAGAAGAAGGCCAAGCCCCGCAGCACGUCCCUGGUGCGCCUUCUGAGCGGGAGCCGCGCGUCGGAGACGAGCAGCAGCACGGCCACUUCGCCUUCGCACUCGCCUUCGCCGACGUUCAAGGCCCAGGCCGCGGCGGCGAAGGAAUCCUUCGCGCCUCCGCUCUGGCUGCCGCUGGUGGACUACCUGUGCCGCUUCAUAGAGCUCCAUGGAAGGGACAAGCUCGGCAUCUUCCGGCUGAGCGGCAACGCGCGGACCGUGGGCGAGUUGACGACGGCUUGCGGGGACCUGAUCGCGAAGAAGGCGGGCGAAGAGGACAUGCAGAAGCUGUUCGAGCCCUACGCCGACGGGGAGGUGCACGUGGUGGCGAGCGUGCUCAAGGCCUACCUCCGCGAGCAGAAGGAGCCCCUUCUGCCCGCCUCCUUCUACGACUCAUUCAUCAGCGCCGCAGAGACCACGGAUGCCGGUGAGCGACUGGCGCAGCUGAAGGACCUGAUCUCCAAGCUGCCGGAGGGCCGAAGGAACAUCCUUCAUCGGCUGGUGCAGUCGUUGGUGCUGAUCGCCGAGAAUAGCGAGGAGAACAAGAUGGACGCCUCCAACCUGGCCAUCGUGUUCGGGCCGUCGCUGCUCAAGGCCGAGAGCGACGGGCUCGACAUUCUGUUCAAGAUCCGUGCGCAGUGCCUUGUCGUCGAGAACUGCAUCCUGCACCACGCCACCAUCUUUCUGGGUCAUGAGGUGCGGCAGCAGGACAUCGAGAACGAUCGGAAGUCGCCACGAAGCAACGGUGCGAGCGACGACGAUGACGACGACGACCUCUCGCUCGACAAGCUGGCCAAGGAGAUGGAGGAGGCGGAGAAGGAGAGCCGCGACUUUGACACGGCCAUCGAGGAGUUCCCGCAGGAGGCCGAGGAGCCCACCAUGCAGAGCCACGCCUUCAAGAAGGAGGCCUUCAACCCGUUCUCGCCCACCAUGUGCCGACACUGCCGCAAGUACAUCUUUGGCAUCCGCAAGUCCUACUUGUGCAAGAACUGCAACUUUCCGACGCACGGGAAAUGCAGGAAGAGCGUGGGGAAGACUUGCCCGGGCUCGUGUGAGAAGACGACCAAGCAGAAGAAGCCGGAGCCCAUCAACGUGGGCCAAAAGGUCCCGCUCUUCACCCUCAAGGACGGCAAGGGCAAGACCUACUCGAUCGAGGAUAGCCUCCGCUUGAACAAGAGGAUCGUUCUCUUCUUCUACCCCAAGGACUUCACGCCGGGGUGCACACGGGAGAACAAGGCCUUCCGCGACCAGUUCUCGCUGUUCCACUACGCCGACUGCGAGAUUGUCGGUAUCAGCGGCGAUUCCUCGGCGUGCCACUCGCGCUUCGCUGCCAAGUACAACAUUCCCUUCCGACUACUGAGUGACCCCAAGAGCGAAGUGAGAGAGCAGUUCGGCGUUCCUGAUUCGAUGGGCGGCCUCGCUCCUGGCCGAGUGACCUAUGUGAUCGAUCCAAGCGGAACGGUGGUGCACGUGUACAAUUCGCUGUUCAACCCGCAGGAGCACCUGGUCCACAGCCUGCACGCCAUCUCGCAGAUGCUCCUUCAUGACUUGUCCUCGCCCGCCGCCAUCAGCGCCGCUUCUUGA